AUUAUUAUUAAUAGGAUUGUUAUUUGCCGGAAAAGUACUGCUAUUGUCUAAAUUGAUUACACCCCCUUCUUUUUGUUUAUUUCGGGAGAUGUGGUACAAUUCUUUUCUUCUUAGUUUUAUCAUGAUUUAUGUUGCGAUUAUUUCCCUUUUUUCUGUUGGUGCUCCUCUUUGAGGCACAUGUGUCCUGGUGUUUGUGUUGUUAUCAGAUAGAUGAGCCAGUCCGAUUGAAGCGUUUGUCUUGUAAAUGCGGCCCUUUGAUGGACGAGCCUGCAGACUUGACGGAGUGCUGUGGCUCUUUUGCCAUUGGUGUUUGGCUGGUCACGUGGUGUGGUCAGGAAGGUGAUAUGAGGGUGGAAGGUAGCUUUUUUUUUCUUUUUCUUUUUUCUUUUCCUUUUUUUUCUUUUUUUUUUUACAGCUUUGACAUACUACCUAAGGUCAGGGCACAGGGAGCGACCAUUAAUGACGGCCCGCUCCCGAUCAGGUCUAAAACAAAUCCACCAGGCCCAGGUUCCAGGAUGAACUCCUACUUAGACUAUCCGGUAUGCAGUCGUGGAGCAAAUAUUUUCAGCGCAAAAGCCGGAUACUCCAAUUUAAACCACGGGUACGCGUCGUCCAGCUCUUGCGCAACAAGUGAUAGUUACGCACCGGACGGGUGUUUGGUGCCUCACCAGGCUCCGAGCGUCCCGCUGCACCACCAGCAGCACGCCAGUCUGGAUCUGCAGUUUUCAGCAGCAGGAAACCCGGUGUACGGCUCAUCUCUAGAGUACGGACAUCACCAGUUCGGCCUCGGCCCCGACCAGGACCGGAGCUUCGUGCACGCACAGGCAUCCCCUCUCGGAACGAGCGUGGGUCCUUACCCCGGGGACGGCUGCGGCCCAGGCCAGUACGUGCAGUAUCCGGAUCAGCGGCAGCAGGAGUACUCAGAGAGUGUUUACAGGAGGCUACCACCCCAGUGCAAGGAGAAAGACCAGGAGCAUGUGGAGGAAACUUCUAAAACUUUCGACUGGAUGAAAGUGAAGAGGAACCCCCCUAAAACAGCUGUUCUGUCGGAGUUCGGGGUUCCGGGCCAGCCCAAUGCGAUCCGCACCAACUUCACCACCAAGCAGCUGACGGAGCUGGAGAAGGAGUUCCACUUCAACAAGUACCUGACGCGGGCGCGGCGGGUGGAGGUGGCGGCCAGCCUGGAGCUCAAUGAGACGCAAGUGAAGAUCUGGUUCCAGAACCGCAGGAUGAAGCAGAAGAAGCGAGAGAAGCUCGGCUGCGUCCUGGCCAGCAGCACUCCACCGGAGAAACUCUCUGAAACCGCAUCCACAAAUACUAACGGGGAGAAACUAUGAACUGUGAUGGGACUUUUCUUCAUUUUUUUUAUUUUUAAAGCGGUUUUCCACGUUGGGCUUCACCAUUCCCUGGAAAAAUAAAUACUCAAAGUGCUUGUGGACUUAUGAAUCUUAGCAGUAUGACUCACUGCUGUUUUCCCUCUGAACUGGGUUCUUCUUAAAAAUAUUUACAUCGAUUUAUUUUUUAUUUUUAUUUUUACCUCUCCACCAUGGGCCCAAGCUGUGCUUUGUGUUGUGUCACUGAUCUCCUCAGUGUCCUUGUUUUGCACUAUUUAUUUACAGGGUAUUUUCCAACACUCCUUCAGAUGAUAUAGCUUAAUAAAGACUAUGAAAUAUUAAAGAGUAACAUUGCAGUUUUUGUGUUUGUAAAAGCUGACUAUGUCUUCAUAUUUAGUCUGGUUUGGACCUUUUUUUUUGAUUUGACAGAUUUUUGUAUAUGCAUCAAUCUGAGGAUUUUUCCCUGAUUGUCUCUGACAUCUGCAGGUCAAAUGCUAAGAAGAUCAGAUUUUUUGUUUGUUUGUUUGUUUUCUACACUUUUUAUUAAACCCGUCAAAGCUCAGAACUCCUGCAACUUUCAACAAACAGCAUGCACUUGUGGAGUUCAGUAAAUAUCAGAUAAAGUUUAGGGACAUACCCAUUAAAAAAGGGAUUGUGUUGUAAUUCCCUAAUUUUCUAC